AUGGUCGACGCUAAGGAGCUUGAGCAGCACCUCUCCACCCGUGCCUACGUUGACGGCAACCAGCCUACCUCGGCUGACGUCGCUGUUGCCGACACCGUCAAGCUCAGCACCCUUGACUCGUACCCCCACACCGCCCGCUGGUUCAAGCAGAUCGCCUCGUACGCUGGCGAGACCGGCAAGCUCCCCGCUGGCAAGGUCCCCUUCGCCGGUGUUGCUGCCGCGGCUGCCCCCGCCGCCGCCGCUGAGGAGGACGACGAGGACAUUGACCUCUUCGGUGACGACGACGAGGAGGACGCCGAGGCCGAGCGCAUCAAGGCCGAGCGUGUUGCCGAGUACACCAAGCAGAAGGAGGCCAAGAAGGCCGAGAAGCUCGCCGCCGGCAAGAAGCUCGAGGUCGCCAAGUCCGUCGUCACCCUCCAGGUUAAGCCCUGGGACGACGAGACCGACAUGGCCGCCCUCGAGAAGGUCGUCCGUGACAUUGAGAAGGACGGUCUCGUCUGGGGUGCUUCCAAGCUCGUCCCCGUCGGUUACGGCAUCAAGAUGCUCCAGAUCACCCUCGUCAUCGAGGACGCCAAGAUCUCGCUCGACGAGCUCCAGGAGCAGAUCGCCGAGGACGGCGAGGACUACGUCCAGUCUACCGACGUCGCUGCCAUGCAGAAGCUCUAA